CUCAUGUUCCCGGGAAGCCGUGCGGCUUUUAUUUAUUAAAAAAAAAAAAAAAAAAAAACAUCCACUCGGGAGAAGACUGAUCAGAGGCACACGCAGCUAAUUGAGAAAGGAGGCUAUACGACAGCAUCAAUGUCGGGUUGAGAGCUUUUGGCUGACUGGGCCAGUAAUGGCUCAUGGGAAUAAACCAGCAGCUGCCAUUUCCAACUUAGCAGCAGCCGGUCCACAGCUAUGUCCGGGACCUAGUAAACCCAGUCAAGAAGACCACACGGAUUUAGUGAGGGAGGUGUCAUCCCGCACUUUAAAGGACGUCAACAAUGCCCAGUUGACUGCUGCCUAUAGUAGUCGCGAAGACAUGGAGGACACAUGCUCUGAGUACGACAACGUGGGCUCCGAUGUGGAGCAGGACUAUGACGAGGUGCUCCAUCUGAACAGAAAGGGCGUCAUGGACACACGGUACUACAAACAGUAUUGCCCCGAGGAUGGGGCUUACCUAAAGCAUGCUGGAGUAGGUAAAGUCGCCACUGAGGGCAGCAGUGCCACACCUCGUCCAAGCACAGACCGAUGCGAUGGAUCACAAUCGGACACUAAGCCUUGUAAGGUGGGCCGCCCCUUUAGGGCACGUUGCACCCCUAUUAGAAGGGAAGCAGUGGAGGGAGAAGAAGUGGUGAUGGGUCUGGAGAACAGGUUCUUCUUUUGCGAUGGAGAUGAGAUUGAAGAGGUGCUGGAUGGAGCCAGAUUCAUAGAAGAUUUAGAGGAUGACGGUCUAGAAAACAAGGUUCCAAGUCAAGUUGGCCAUUAUCAGGACAAUAAUAAGAGUAGAAAAGGCUGCGUUGGAAGGGAUAGAGAAGAAGACCAAGGAAACACAAGAACACAGAACAUGCCUGCAGGAGCCAAUAGGAAUUGUGAGUCAUCUCAGGUGAACGCCAAGGAGGACAGGCAGGGGAAAGGGCGAGGCAGGAGGGCAACUGGACAGGACGUCGGAGUCAAAGCUUGCACGGCCAACAAAAAUGAUAAUCGAGUGAAGACGUCGUCAAAGGAAAACAACAAAGCUCCCGUGCGGACAAAAGCUAAAUCCAGCUCCGGUAAGCAACAACCGCCUCCUCGUCACCCCAAUGGCCAGACACCUGUGAACAGCCAGAGGAGAGAGAGCCCUCCUGUAACAAGACCCGGCGCCUCCACUAAUAACCUAGAGAGCCAGCAGGGGGUCGUCAAGCCGCCCCCGCCUCCUUGUCACGCACCUGAACAAGAGACCAGGCCUCCCGAAGAGAGCCAGAGCCAGAGCCAGCACCAGAAGCUCCAGCAGCAGGAUGAGAAGGAGCCAAGCACCGCCGCGACGCACAUGGAAGUGCCAGAUCAGCCAAGGAGGCCUCCGAGUCCAGAUCUCCUUCCAGAAGACGAGAGUGGCUCCCCCAAGACACAAGAAUCAGCUUCCUUUCCCAGUUUUGAAGACGUCCCAGGUCCUUGUGAGCCAGAAGAUCUUAUUGAUGGGAUCAUCUUUGCUGCCAACUACCUUGGCUGCACUCAGGUGCUGUCUGAUAAGAACCCUUCCAAGACUGUCCGCAUGUCGCAGGCCCAGGAAGCCGUUAGUCGCAUCAAGAGCCAGGAUGAAGAAUCUCAAAUUAUAACAGAAGUGGACCUGUUCAUCUCCACUAAAGCUGUCAAAGUGCUGAAUGCGGACACACAGGAGACGAUGAUGGACAGCACCUUGCGGACUAUUUCCUACAUCGCUGACAUAGGCAGCAUCGUGGUUCUGAUGGCCCGCAGACGCUUGUCUCAGGCCUCGUCGCUGGAGGAUUUCUCUGAACCUGCGGAGUCCGGCGGUGAAGGGAGUAGUCAGUAUGGGAUGAUCUGCUACGUCUUUGAGUCGGAGGACGCCCAGCUCAUCGCACAGUCCAUUGGUCAGGCGUUCAGCGUGGCCUACAGAGAGUUCCUGCGAGCCAACGGAAUCAAUCCCACAGACUUAAGCCAGAAACAAUACAGCGACAUAAUCAACUCCCAGGAAAUGUACCACGACGACCUGGUCCAUUUCUCAAACUCCGACAACUGCAAAGAGUUGUGCGUGGAGAAACAGAAAGGCGAGAACCUCGGGGUUGUGAUUGUUGAGUCCGGCUGGGGCUCCAUUCUGCCCACCGUCAUCCUGGCCGGCAUGCUGAACAGCGGCCCGGCAGCUCGUUCUGGAAAACUCAGCGUCGGUGAUCAGAUUAUGUCCAUCAAUGACACCAGCCUGGUGGGGCUGCCAUUGGCCACCUGUCAGGGCAUCAUCAAGGGUCUGAAGAAUCAGCUAAAAGUAAAGCUGAGUAUCGUAAGCUGCCCACCUGUCACCACUGUCCUCAUCAAGCGGCCUGAUCUUAAAUUCCAGCUUGGCUUCAGUGUUCAAAAUGGCAUUAUCUGCAGCCUAAUGCGAGGCGGCAUCGCUGAGAGAGGCGGUGUUCGCGUCGGACACAGAAUCAUUGAAAUUAACGGUCAAAGCGUGGUUGCCAUGGCACAUGAGAAGAUCGUACAAACUUUGUCUGUGUCAGUGGGUGAGAUCAACAUGAAGACGAUGCCUGCUGUGAUGUUCAGACUGCUCACCGGACAAGAGACGCCUUCUUACAUCUGAUAAGACAUUGAUUAGUAAUGAGCAAAGUUUUAUUUUUCUAUCAUUUCAAUGUCAUUCUGUUGCAAUGCUGUAAAGAACAUCCAGUUCUCAUUUUCAGGUUUAAUGUUGACUGUACAUGAUUCAUAAUGGCCUUACAAUGUGGAUACUCGGCCUGUUGUGCUGUGUGUGCGUGUGUGUGUGUUUGGAAGAGAACUAGCUUUAUGGUCACUUUUAUUUUCUUAUGAGGAGAUAUAAUAAGUGCAUUUAUAUUUUAGUUAGUCAUUUUUAUAGCUUCUAUGUACUUCUACUGUAAAUACUCUGGAUUCCUCAAGGACUGGAUUAGAAAGGCCAUAUUACUCUUAACAGUAUAUGCAUGUUAUAAUUAAGUGUUACUGACCAGGGCAUUGGUGAUGUUCUAUUACGGUACGUAUUAAAAGCAAGUUAUGUAUCACACUGUAUAAAGUCACUCAACGUGUGCGUAUGACAGAGAUGCUGAAGGCCAAAGACAUCGCUUCAUUUUAAAUGCAGUACACAAGAUCAUAACCUUUACCAGAGCGUACAAGAAUGUAUCAACAUGUACAUGAAAGAAUGAAUGUAUUGGUGUAACACAAAUAAUACAAUCUCACUGCUUACUGAUUGUUGUUGACUUU